GUGCUGGCCCGGCUGUGUAUAUAAACCUGCGAGGCCCACUGAGCAGGCACAUUUCAGCAGCAGCAGUAGCAGCAGCACCAAACUCUCUCAGCCAUGAACACUCUGAUCGUCCUGAGCGCCGUCCUGGCCGUCGCCGUGGCUAAGCCCGGCUACCUGGGUGCCGCCCCCGCCGCAGUCGUCGCCCCCGCAGCGUACGCCGCCCCCGCGGUGGUGGCCGCCCCCGUGCACGCCGGCUACGCUGCCUACGGCCCCGCCCCCGUCGCCGUGCGCUCCGACGGCUACCUGCUGGACACCCCUGCCGUCGCCGCCACCAGGGCCGCCCACCUGACCGCCGUCGCCCAGACUCAGGCCCGUGACGCCGUCAUCAACGGCGCCGCCCUCGCCUACGCCGCCCGCGCUUACGCCGCCCCCGCUGUGGCAUACGCCGCCCCCGCUCACGUCGCCUAUGCCGCCCCCGCCGCCUACGCUGCCCCUGGUGCCCUCGCCGCCGCCGCUCACCUCCACGCUAAGGCUGCUCUGCUGGGCUGAAAUGUCUUUUCUUAAAGCAUCUUGGCAGUGAACUUCGCAAGUGUGAUGUUACUGCCUUCAAAAUUUUCGUAAAAAUAAUAAAAUAUUUAGUACAAAGUUA